GGCGAAAACAUCAUUUUAAGCGUAAUUAUAAAUUGAAAUAUGGUUUCUAUAGGCAGUGGGUUCGCCUCGCCAGUCCAAGUCGGCUGAAAUACAUCGACGAAUCGCUCGAGUUUAUCACGAAAACAUUGCGUAGAGUCGCCGUGAGUGGUUGCGUUCGUAUUGUUGCGAUACGAGGAGAUUUGAAAGCGCGAACUCUAUAGCGACCGGAGAUGACGAAAAUAAUCAAAGCGGAGAUAUAAGUGGUACCGAAUGAGAUAACCUUAUAAUCGGACGUUAUCGUUUGAAAUUGAUUCGACUCAAAGUGCUGCCGCGGUGUCGCUGUGAACGAUGCUGUCUAAAUGCGCUCUCGCGGCCAGAACAGCGUCCAACGGAUUUCGCAGAUGGAAAAGCACCCGGGAAAUCAUCGAAAAAGAAUCGAAAUAUGCCGCCCACAACUACCACCCCCUGCCGGUGGCGCUGUGCCGCGGGGAAGGAGUUUUCGUGUGGGACGCGGAAGGUAAACGCUACUUCGAUUACCUCAGCGGCUAUUCGGCCAAUAACUUUGGCCACUGCCAUCCGAAAAUAGUAGAAACGUUACGACGGCAAAGCGGCAUACUACAUCACACAUCGCGGGCCUUUUUCAACGAUGUGCUGGGGGAGUACGCGGAAAAAGUGACCAAACUGUUCGGCUACGACAAGGUCUUACCGAUGAAUACUGGCGUCGAGGCGGACGACACGGCGUGCAAGCUGGCGCGAAAAUGGGGUUACCGUAAAAAGAACAUUCCCAACAACCAGGCGAAGAUAAUCUUCUGCAGUGACAACUUCUGGGGUCGAUCGCUGGCGGCCGUGUCCGCCUCCACCGAUCCCCAGAGCUUCGAAGGUUACGGACCGUUCAUGCCGGGCUUCAGCUGCGUCCCAUUCAACGACCUCCAGGCGCUCGAGACCGCUCUCUCCGACCCAUUGGUGUGCGCCUUCAUGGUGGAGCCCAUUCAAGGCGAAGCCGGAAUCAAGAUUCCCGCCGACGGCUACUUGAAGGGUGUGCGCCGACUGUGCGACAAACACAACGUGCUCUGGAUCGCAGACGAGAUCCAAACCGGCCUCGGCAGGACCGGGAAACGUUUGGCAGUCGACUACGAAGACGUGAAGCCCGACAUUUUGGUGUUGGGCAAGGCACUGGGAGGCGGCGUGUAUCCGGUGUCGGCGUGCUUAGCCAACGACGACGUCAUGCUGGUCAUCGAACCCGGUACCCACGGAUCCACGUUCGGUGGAAAUCCUCUAGGAUCGCAAGUGGCGAUCGCGGCUUUGGAGGUGCUGGAGGAGGAAAAGGUGGCGGAAAACGCGAAGAAGAUGGGCGACAUCUUUCGGCGGAACCUUCGCGAUCGCCUCAACAAGAAGGUAGUCAUCGAGGUGCGAGGAAAGGGUCUGCUCAACGCUAUCGUCAUCAACAGAAACUACGCGGAUGCUUGGGACGUGUGUCUGAAGAUGAAGGACGCUGGCCUGAUAGCGAAACACACGCACGAGGAUAUUAUCCGGUUCGCGCCGCCCUUGGUGAUCGACGAGAAUCAGUUGCAAGAAUCGAGCGAUAUCAUCAGCAAUACAGUCAACAGCAUCGAGCUGUAGCGCUCCGGAGGCGCGAGCGCGUCGAUUUAUAGGUUAUGCAGGACCGCAAUAAACUGCUUCAUCGUGAGAGCCGCGAGUUUUAUUAAAAAAACAUUUGAUCCAUUCAUAUUUUUUAUUACGUAAAUAUUUAUACAUAAAUUCAUUUGGCAUUUAAAUAUAAUAAAUACUUCAUUUGAAAA